AUGGAAAAGCUUUGGGUUUGGGAGGCUAAUGGAAGAAAACCAGUUCGCAAAAACUCUACUCUCACUUUCGGUAGUAACGGUAACUUAGUCCUCAGGGAUGUCGAUGGUCGUACAGUUUGGCAAACUAAGACGGCCUACAAAGGUGUUACUGGUAUUUCCAUGGAAGCAAAUGGGAAUUUAGUACUGCACGAUGAUAAGGGGAAAUUUGUUUGGCAGAGUUUUCUUCAACCAGGUGAUUCCCUUUUAAGGGGUCAAUCAGUUUUUGCUGACCUAAAGGGAACCAAAAAACUUGUUAGUGCUAAUGGUAUUUACAGUGCUGUUGUCAAACAAAACGGAUUCAGUUUGUAUCGAUACGAUACCGGUAACUACACUCGGUAUGGUGGUUGGGAAGCAAGUGGUCUUACGAAUCUGACAUUCGAUGCAUUCGUUCCUUCCUCACCUUGGGGUCCUCCUGAUAGUACUACUAUCUUUCUAGUGCCAGGAUUCGCAAAGCAGGAACCUGCAAAGACUACUGCCAAACUUGAUUUCCAUAUCGCCCCAGCUCCUGAGCCGGAAGCUCCUUCAAGGCUUACACCUUCAGAAAAGUUUAUACUUGCUAAACGCGAUUAUUAUAUCUCUAAUUCAGUUCUCAAGUUAGAAUCAGAUGGAGAUCUAGUACUCUAUGAUCUUUAUUUACUAACUGAUAACGUAUUAACGUCAUAUUAG